UUGCCCCACGGAGGGGAGCAUGGCUAGUUAGAAGGAGUGGGCCCUUUCUAGGAGGUUUCUCUGCAUUUUCUGUAGUAGGCACCAAAAGAACAGGUGUUGUCCCAAGGGGAUUUUCUUUUAUUUAUUUCUUUUCAUUUUCCCCUCCCUCCCCUAUCCUUGUAAAAUGGUCUCCAAAUUAUCCUCUCUGCAGCAGGAACUACUCAAUGCUCUCCUAAAUUCUGGAAUAACCAAAGACGUACUGAUCCAAGCCCUGGAAGAUAUCAUUCCCACACCCAGCUUUGGGGUGAAGCUGGAAAACAUGCAGCUGUCUCCCGUGCACGAUCCUGACAUCAAGCCCGUGUUCCACACACUCACUAAUGGGCACCACAAGGGCAAGCUGUCCGGGGACGAGGGUUCGGAGGAUGGGGAGGACUUUGACACCCCACCAAUUCUCAAGGAACUUCAGUCUCUUAACACAGAGGAGGCGGCCGAGCAAAGAGCUGAAGUGGACAGGAUGUUAAGUGAGGAUCCAUGGCGGGCAGCAAAGAUGAUAAAAGGGUACAUGCAACAACACAACAUUCCCCAAAGAGAAGUGGUUGAUAUUACAGGACUGAAUCAAUCACAUUUAUCCCAACAUCUCAACAAAGGAACACCUAUGAAAACCCAAAAACGUGCUGCUUUAUAUACCUGGUACGUGAGGAAGCAGAGGGAGAUACUAAGACAAUUCAACCAGACAGUCCAUGGUUCUGGAAAUAUGACAGACAAAAGCAGUCAGGAUCAGCUGCUGUUUCUCUUUCCAGAAUUUAAUCAACAACCUCAAGUCACAGGGCAGUCUGAUGAUUCCUGCUCAGAACCCGCCAACAAGAAAAUGAGACGUAACCGCUUCAAAUGGGGUCCUGCGUCACAGCACAUUCUCUACCAGGCCUAUGAGAGGCAAAAGAAUCCCAGCAAAGAAGAAAGAGAGGCUUUGGUUGAAGAGUGCAACAGAGCGGAAUGUAUACAGCGAGGUGUAUCUCCAUCAAAAGCACAUGGUUUAGGAUCAAAUUUGGUGACGGAGGUUCGUGUUUAUAAUUGGUUUGCUAACAGAAGGAAAGAGGAAGCAUUUAGACAGAAAUUAGCUAUGGACGCCUACAGCACAGGUUCCUCACAGCCACACAAUAUGAAUCCAAUGAUGUCACAUUGCUCUCCACACCAUACACAGUCAAGUUCUUCGCCCCCAAACAAGCUACACGGAGUAAGAUACAGUCAACAAGGAAACAGUGAGGUCACUUCAUCUACCAUUAAUCACCAUGGUAACAAUGCCAUGUUGACCAGCCAGUCAGUGCUCCAGCAAGUCUCUCCAGUGAGCUUGGAUCCUGGCCAUAACAUGCUUUCACCUGAUGGUAAAUUGAUCUCUGUUUCAGGGGGCGGACUACCACCAGUGAGUACCUUGACAAAUAUUCACAGUUUGUCACAGUCAGUUCACCACAAUUCCCAACAAUCGCAGAACUUAAUUAUGGCCCCAAUUUCUGGAGUCAUGGCAAUAACACAAAAUUUGAACACCACUCAGGCACAGAGUGUCCCCGUCAUCAACAGUGUUGCAGGAAGCCUGGCAGCUUUGCAGUCGGUGCAGUUUUCAUCAUCGCACAGCCCACAUCAACAACAAAUAAUGCAGCAUUCUUCUGCUCAUAUGUCACAACAGCCGUUUAUGGCUACAAUGACACAAUUUCAGAAUUCACACAUGUAUGCACACAAGCAGGAACCCCCCCAGUAUUCACACACAUCCCGCUUUCCUUCAGCCAUGGUUGUCACAGAUUCAGGCAGCAUCAGCACAUUAUCAAACAUGUCUUCCAGUAAACAGUGUCCUUUGCAAGCCUGGUGAUAUCCGCCUGAACUUACCUUCCUUUGUAUAGAAACAUGAACAGUUUUUCACAACAUCUCAGGGUAACAUCUAGGACUUUCAGAUGUUGCCAGGAGGAAUUGACUGGAGAUCAACUUCAGCUCCUGGCUGCUAAAGACCUGAGGGCCAGAGUCUCUGAUCAAGGUGGAUACGUGUUAGGAUGGAUAUUGUGAUCGCCAGUAUAAUACUUGGUUUUCAGUCUCCAUCCCAGGUGAUUUCAAGACCUGAGGGCCAGAGUCUCUGAUCAAGGUGGAUACGUGUUAGGAUGGAUAUUGUGAUCGCCAGUAUAAUACUUGGUUUUCAGUCUCCAUCCCAGGUGAUUUCAAGACCUGAGUAUUUUCCUUCAAACUCGUGCCCUAGACAUGACAUGGAGAUGGAGUGUGAUAAAAUGCAAUAACUUAUUUGUGAGAGGAACCCAUGAGGUACACAGACUGCUGCUGGAACAGUGCCAUGAAAACUGGAAAAUCAGGAGCCCAAAAUGUACACAAAGCUGAACUGAGCCAUUGUAAAUGUUGGGAUAAAAAAGUGAAUGAUUGCCGUAGACGUUCAUCUGUUGAAUAGCUGUAAAUUGUAAACAAAGUGCAAUUAUUUUGUAUAUAAUGCAUAAAUAUGUUUGAGCUUGUUUAAAGGGAAAGGUCAAAUAUCUGUAGAAAUAAAUAAAUAAACCUUUGAUCAAUAUGCAUACAGCCAUGGGAUGAAUUUGCAGUGUUGCACAAAACUACGUUGUGUACUGCAUUUAAUGCAGUCCAUGACUUGCUGUUAUCAUUGGAGCCUAUAUGUGACCAAAGGCUUCUUAGCAGACUUCUGCUGUUGCCAUAGGAGUCAGCUCUGUAGUUGCUUGAGUACUCCUACUAUUUGUGUUGCCUCUGCCACUAAACAGGCGUAUCCAUAGCAUAUUUCAGUCUUAUGGGGUUACAAUCUUUUUUAAAAGUUGGCUCCUAUGGCUGAUUUACCUGUGUAAUGAAAUGUUUGCUUGGUUGGACGUUUUUCUAGGUUAAAUGGACACUGAAGAGGAAAACAUAACAAAAUGUGGCAGACACAUAUGUACAAUCUGAAUAGAAGGGGCUUGCCAGCUUAUAGCAUGUUAAAGAACAAUAGCUUGUAACUAAUCGGUGACAAUCUCUAUACAUCAUGUUGGUCAACAAUGCAAUACUGAUGUUCCUAUAUUCAAUCCUUAAUUUUAUUAACUUUUAUCACUGUUAUAUCACUGCCUUAACAUUAUUCAUUAUAUAAACUAAUGUCAUUAUAAAAAAAAUCAAAUAAAAAGGAAAUGAACAUUCAGUAGAUGGUACCCAUAGCCCAGAGCUGCUGGGAGCCUGUCCAAAGUUCAGGUCACUAUAUCAAAGUCUUCUCCCAUAGGUAGGUAGUAAUUGAACGUAACUGUAAUUAAUGGAUAACAUACAUUAAAAUAGGUUAACAUCUGUGUUUGAUGUUUUGGAUUGCAAUACGAUGCAAUCAAAAACUGGAUCUUGUACUUUAAUAUGAAUCGCCCAAUAAAAAAUAGGUUAACAUCAUCUUUACAUAUCUGUCAUUUAUGUACAGAAAUAUCUGAUUGAUGUGCCGAAAUACAAUCUUCUGAUAUUUAUAUUGUUUCUUCAUCUUUCAAGGCAAUAAUAAGACAGAUCUUAUGGUGCCCAUACACUUGUGAGAUAAUCGGUGCUAACCUUCUAUUUCGACCGCAUCUGUGAGAGAAAUCAAAGGAUUGUAUGCACAUUUUAGGUACCUUUUGACGCGAUGCGCGGGCACGCCGGUUGAAUCUCACGUCUCAAGAUAGUAUGUGCUGCACUUAAUAUUUAUCGAAUCGCAGUGCGAACGCAUGUGUUUUAAAAACAUGCUAUAUAUCGCACUGCGAUAUGCGAUGGGCACCCGCUGGGAGCGGAUGGAGGCUGCUCACACUCGGUGGUGACAUGCCCAUCACAUGAUUAACAUGCGAUCUAUCACAUGAUCGCAUGGUAAUCACUUUGGCAGUUCAGGUGCAAUUUCAUCGCACCGGCACCCCGCGAUGUCGCGUCGCGGGGCAUCACACAAGUGUAUGGGCACCAUUACUCUUUUUAAGCAGCAGUUUAUAAGUAGCUAGGUAAAUAGUGGAGUCCAUAGGUCAAACCGAAUGACUGUCCCUUAACUUUUCAAAUCAAAAGAAACACACUAUGGAAAUUAACUAUAUAAAAUAUUAAAAGGUAAUAUUUAAAGUUAACUAAAUGUAUUAUUUUUGAAUAUUUUUGUGGUGACUUUCCUCCUUUACACCACUAGUGAUCUAGCUGCCUGUCUAUAAACUCCAGCUGAGCUCUGCUAAAUCCAAAUGACCAAGUGAGUCCAUCUAUUCAUUUGUUACCAGUAUUCACUUGAAGCAGGAAUGGAAAUGAAAUAUGAUACAAUAUUUAGAUCCAGCACCUGUCAUGUACUUCAUUAGGGUACCUUAUGAUGGAACAUUUUUGUAUUUAAAAAGCAAUUAUACUUACAAAUGACUCCUAUAUUUGUACAGUACAUACCUGGCCUCCUGGCCUAAAUUAUGAGAAACACUUUUAUCUUUCUGUGUAACUAACCUUUCAAACUGUCAUACAGUGUUAUCCCAAUGAUUCUCUAUUUAUGUUAACUAUUUCUGUUCUAAUUUAUGUAUAGAGUAGAACAGACAUAGUUAAUUUCAUGUUGCCCAAUUAAUAGCAAAUGUUAGGUUCAUUUAUUUAUUCACACUACAGUUGAGGACAGACGUGAGUUUGUCAUGUGACCCCCAAGCUCUCUCGCCUCAUUGAACAAACUAGUAUCUUUUUUACUGUUGUCUUUGGAAGAUUGGAAGUCUAUACUGACCAUCAAAUUAGUAAAUUGGAGCAAAGGUCAACGAGAAAGGGAAGGAAAAAAACAAACAUCUCUACAUCACUGGGCAAAGACGGAACUAAGAUGUAGGAUGUUUACAGUUGCCUUUUUUCUACUAGUAAUCAAACACACAGAAGAGAGAAAAAAUAAUACAGCUAUGUCAUUUCAUUUAUAAACAGUAUUAACAUCUCCUUAUGAUUUAACAGUGCAUUUAUAACUGUACAACAUACAUACAGUGUAUUUUUAUGUUUAUUUUAAAAAAGGAUCAUUUGACAAUGUUUUAUAUGCAACAGUAUUAAUUUACAUUUGGUCUUUUGUUUCAUUGUAAUGUUUUAAACAAUAUUUGUAUCCAAUGAUGCGUCAAACACAAUGUUCACACUGGACAAAUUCUUCCCACUACAGAUUUUUUGGCGAAAAUGUUUUCUCACCUGUGCUAAAAAUGUAAAGAACAAGUUGAGAAAGUAUCAGCCCACCACAAUUACUGCCAAAGAUCCUGUCCUCUAUAGGGAAGGAAGAUUUCACUUGAUGAUUUCAUGUAAUAUAUUAUUUGUUUGUAAGAAAUUGAAGCCAAUCUUUUUGUAAUCAUAUUUAUAUUUGUUGUAAAGUCAAUUUUUCAAGUAAACCAGAAAGAUGUAUAAAAUACUA